ACACACUAUAUACUCAUUAUAUGAUAUCGCAAUAUAGUGAAGACCGACUGUGCGCCUACCAUAUCUUAAUGAAGUCUAAAUCUAAACAAUUUAGGGAGAAGGUGCAGAAUGCUGGAGUAAAUGCUAAGUUUGAAUCCAAGAUAGGCGCUGCCAUAUUGGCUAAAUAUGGAUGGAAAGAGGGAGAUGGCCUUGGUAAACAAGGCGAAGGUAUCGUCAAGCCUGUUUCACUAAGUGCGGUAAAGAACAACAAAGGGUUGGGAAGCAAAGAUGCUGAUCCUUGGCAUAAUUGGUGGGAUGACAUGUACAACGACUUGGCCAAGAAAUCAGUAAAGGUUAAAUCUGUGAAACCUAAGUUGUCUAAGGUCAAAAAAAAGGAUAAGGAAAAAUCGAAAACUAAGAAGUCGCUGAUAGAAAUUUGCAAAGACAGAGUCGCAGCAAAUGGCGAUGAUACUACUGUAAGAUCAUCUUUAAGGAAUGAACAUAGUGAAUCUGAGCUGUCUUCUGAUUAUCCAACUGAUGAAGAACAUUCAACCGAAAAGAAGUGAUUCAGCUCACCAUCUUAGCACGGAUCUUAUUUUAAUACUAUACUCAAUGAUUAACUGAUUGCAUCUGUUAAGAGCCAUCGAUUCCAGCUUUUGAUUGAUCUGGCACAAGGACUGCUUUAAUGUCAUCGGGCAGUUUCUCUAGAGCUUUAGUUAAUAUAUCGUUGUAAUGUUCUUCAACAAAUUUGUACAUCUUGUGAGGCCAUGUUAAUCGCCAAUUAACGACGCGUUUGACUACACGGCACCAGUCGUAACCCGUGCUUGGCUCAGCUUUAGUGCAUCCGUUAAUAACAUCCUUUAUGGCAUCGUUGUCACCACUGUCCAACUCAAAUGCAAGGAAUGUGCCCCAAAUGACACCAUUGGAUUCCUCUAUGGCCAAGGCACGCUUGAACCAUUUACGGGUUUUUAAUACCUUGCCAUCACGCCAAAACAACUUCGCAGCUGCCAUCACAACCAAUGGUGAAUUCGAACAUUGAUUGAGUGCGUCGACUGCCUUAGAGUUUUGAGCGUUGCGCUCCUCUAAAAAGAUGGCUCUCGCCCAUAAAUUACCGGAAUCGGGGAACUCCUGUAAAGACGAGGACAUCAUAAAAUAGGCGUUACCAGCGUUGCCAGAUUCAAG